UGUCACUAUAGACUGCCGUAUGUAGCAUCAAGAUUGCUAUAUUAUUAUUGUCCAUGUUGUUCACAGUCUUCAGGAUGCCGCCUACUUGGUGUCUUAGUUCAGUUAAAUUCCCUUUCAUGUUGCCUUUGAUUUAAUGUUUCAGGCGGGGUAGUAUUUAUUACUUACUGCAAAAUGGAUCCCGCAAGCAUCGCACAGUUGAUUGUGCUCUCAGGGGAUCUUAUCGGCGCGUGUUACAUCUACGGCUGUGCUGUUGCUGAUGCUCCCGAAGUCCUGCGCAAGCUGGUUGAGGAAACCACCUCGUUGAGCGGCAUCUUCGUGGCAAUCCAGGGCCUGGUCAACGCGGAUAGAUUUGCAGCCAGCCAACGGGAGGCGCUGUCCACUUGCCUGAGAGAAUGCCAGGUCACCCUCGGGGAACUGAAGGAUACUCUACAAUCCAUACAUCCCGGCCCAAAGGGGAAGAAGAUGGCGGUCGUGAAGAGACUCCUCUGGCCGCUGAAACAAGCGGAAACUACGAGGAUUCUGGAUACCUUAGGCCGACAUAAGAGCUCGCUGAACUUGCUGCUCGCGCUCGAAGCCACCUUGGAGUCCCAGCAAACACAGAUUGUCUUGUAUGAACUCCAGCAGGCACUGCAGGAUGAUAGAGAGGAACGCAAGGAACGUGAAAUUAUGCUGCGCUGGAGACAAGUCAAUCAGUGGCUCUGCGGCAUUGACUACGAGGCCACGCAUGAGCGCGCUUAUGCAGAGCACUCAUCGGGGACUGGAGCUUGGGUUUUGAACAGUAAGCAGCUGCAGUGCUGGCUUUCCGGAGACCAGCGUCUUUUAUGGAUUCAUGGAAUUCCAGGAUCUGGCAAAACAGUAUUGAUGAGCACGAUCUUGAACCAGUGUCUUCUACCAAAUGCCUCUAGGAAAAGAGUCGUUGCUUACUAUUACUGUGACUUUCGGAACCAUGAGAGCUGUCGCCCGGAAUCCGUUAUCGGGGCCAUCAUCCUCCAAAUCUGCCAGGUUCUAACUUCCAUGCCCUCGCAUGUAGAGGACUCAUAUGAACGACACAUUGGGAAGGAUGGCAAGGCCGCACCGCCAAGUAUCCAGGAAUUGCAGCUCCUGCUGAGCGAAGUCCUGCCUCUAGUGUCCAAUGUCACAAUUACUGUGGAUGCCCUGGAUGAAUGCUACGAGAGGGAAACGCUAGUCAAAAUCCUCAGAGACCUAUCCUCCAAGGCCUCCACAGCGGUGAAAGUUUUAGUCUCCAGCCGUAGGGAGGUUGACAUUGUCCGACUCUUGAAGGACCAGUCGAGCAUUUCUACGCAGAGCAAGGAUGCCGAUGAAGAUAUCCAUCAAUAUAUCCGUGCCAACAUGCAGCUUAGGCCACAGCUACAGAAACUCAGUCAGCCGGUUCAGGAACACAUAGUGGAAACACUGACCAAGGGCGCUAGCGGAAUGUUUCGUUGGGUGAAAUGUCAACUCGACGAACUCAGCCGCCUCAGAACCAAUAGCUCCAUCAAAUUCGCCCUCCGCGGUCUUCCCCGCGAUCUCGACGAGACCUAUGAGCGAAUCCUCAGCCGCAUCUCCGAACCCGACAUCCCCCUCGCACGACAAGCUCUCCUCUGGCUCGCCUACUCCAGCCGUCCCCUCACCCUCACAGAACUGGCAGAAGGCGCCGUCCUUCGACCCAAUAUCACCACUCUAGACCCAGAAGACAGACUCCGUGACCCGGAAGACAUCCUGGAAGCCUGCGGCUCCCUUGUCUCUAUCGACGGGCCGCAUGUCAUCCUCGCCCAUAACUCCGUACGGGACUAUCUCCUCUCACCCCGCGCCGCCACCAACCUACCAACCUUCCACCUCCCAGAAUCACAAUGCCUCCCCGAACUCGCCACGCUCUGCCUCACCUACCUAAUGCUCUCCCCCUUUAGCACCGGACCCUGCGCAACCCCCGAGGAAAUGACCUCCCGCCUCACAAACUGGCCUCUCCUCCAAUACAUCUCACAUAACUGGGCAGACCACACCCGCCCCUACCUCAACGCAUCACAAAACCCGGCCCUCCACACCCUAGCCACAACCCUCUUCGCAGACCCCGCAACCCCCAACUUCCUCUCCUGGGUGCAGGCCCUCUUCAUCCGCCCGCACCGCAUGGGGCGGACAUACAAUCUGUAUCCACGCACCGGCACGCCGCUCUACUACGCUACCUCCUUCGCACUGACGCCCGUAGUCGAACACCUGCUCGCGCGUGGCAGCGACGUCAAUGCGCCGGGGGGCCGUGUGGGCGGGACGCCGCUGCAUGCCGCCUGCUGGCGCACACAGGUCGACGUGAUACGGCUGCUGCUGCGGGCUGGUGCCAGGUUGGAUGUGCAGGAUAGGAACGGGGAGACGCCGGUGGAUAUGGCGGAGUCUGCGAUGGGGGCGGGGAAUGGGGGGGUUGCGAGGGUGUUUUUGGAGGAGAGCGGAAUUGUUUUGGAGGAUCGUGGUAAUGGUAGUAGUAGCGGUAAGGGUGGUACGAGUGGUUUGCGCGCGAGUGUUAAUGGGGGGAAUGCACCGAAGUAUAAGGUUAUGUGGAAGCCGAGAGUUAUUCGAUGAUGGAUGGAGUAUAUAUAUAUAUAUAUAUAACUAUAUAAUAUGGGAGGAGUGAGCAGACAUGUAUUAUGAGAGACAACGUUUUGCCUUUCUUUUUUCUCUUUGCUCUUCAGAUUUACGUUAAGAACGAUGUAUAUACCACCACACGCAGCAGUCUGAGAUACAAUACCCAAUAUCAUCUCCUACGCUGGUUAACAAGUUUUCAAAACUUAUCAUACGUGUACAAGUUUCUUGUGAACUGGCGAUUGUGUGCUUCCCAUUUUCUUUUAUUUCCUUGUAUUUUUCCCCCUCAUCUUCUUCCAUAUCUCUUACCUGGCCAACUACACAAUCCACAGUGGGAUCUGGCAUGCAAACAUACUCUACGAUGCAGAGAGGUUGAAAACUCGAUAUUUUUUCUAUCGGAGAUUUAACUAUGUUGACUGCGGGCGUUGAUAUUGAAAAAUGCCCUGAGCUACUGUAUGAUGAGC